UGUUUUCGAGAUCGCCUUCGGCAUUUGAGGAAAAAGAGGAAGGUCAAGAGAGAUGGAGGGCGUCGGAACCACCAGUGGAAUCCUUCAGUGACGCUGAAGGAGCCAACGAGAAUGGGGAGUGGCGAUUUGAAAUUAUAGGGGAAGAAGUUGAUCAUGCGAACGAAGUCCUGCUUGAAGUCAGAUGGGACGACUGGAAACGCGAAGACGGGACAAAGACAACUUGGAACGAACUCACUUCACUCGAAGAAGGCAGCAAACAAUGGCUAAAGGAGCAAAGCGGCCGUCGAAAGAAGUUGGCUAGUGAAUCUCUCGAAAUUCCUGUUAUUGCAACGCUCGACAUUCACAACACCGAGACAUACCUCAGAAGCCAUGCCUACGACGAGAAACUUUGGCGUUUCGAAAAUGAGCACUCCCCCAGCCCUGUGGAGCAGCUAGAAAAGUUGAUGAGUGAACGAGGGUAUCGUCGCCAAGGAUCGCGAUACGUCCUCUCCCAAGUCGAAGGUUCCCAAGGCUCGUCAUCAUCAUCAUAUCCUAUGAGAACAAAUCAACGAGCCAGCACCCGACAGCAGACAGAAGCAUCCAUCGCUAGUUCAGCCAGAGGUUCAUCCAAGUUUUCGGUCCGAUCCUCUUCGACGCUCAGCGCGAUUCCACCUAUGCCUUCGUCUUCCUUUGCCACCACCCCUGCGCGUUCCGAUGCACCAGCACCGUCCCCCAAGCCUCUCCUGACAUUUGUACCUUUCCAACCUCCUGCCAGUCUUACCACCACGCUGCCAACGCCUCCUCUGGUACAGGCUGUUGUUACCCUGUCUGAGAAGGCCAAAGGGAAGCUCCCCGAUCAAUCAUCCAACAAUGCAGGCAUGAAGGAGCUGCCAUUAUCAACAACCUCUGAAUCAGCAAGACGUCAAGAGAAGCGACCCAUGCAAUCCUCUGACUGUGAAAGCUCCGACGAACUCAGAGCGAUACCAAGACAGCCGACACCGCGGCUGUUGAAACCAUACAUUCUGCUUUAUCGGUACGACCACCUACUCAAAAGGCGUAUAAAGUCGAAACAACGAAGUGACGACGGAAGAGCAAGGCAGCUGCUGGCUGCCCUUCCUCCGUCCAAGAAGAAGAAAUCCACCCACCGUUCACCAUCCAAAAGUGCUCGACAGAUCAUGUACUCAGAAUCGGAGGACGAAUUGCAGAGCUCUCCGACACGACCCUCGCCUGCCUUGCCCAUCUCCGCAUCGACCUCUAGCAAAUCUUUUCCACAGCAGCCGAAAAUCGGUGGUUCACCUCUGAGUGCAACCGCACAGCGUUUGAAAUUGCAAACCAAGUGGACAAACUUCGCAGCCAAAGAAGGCGCAGCAGCAAUCUACUUUACUAACAUUGUCGACGACGAAGCUGUGCCCUUUCUCGAACCCGGCUUCUGCUACCUGGAGUCAGGCUACAAGUUGGCCGCCGGCGUCGAGAAACCUCCGGAGGAAUUCAUGUCUUCCUGUUCUUGCGCGUCUUGCAACGACCGGACCAAGUGUGAAUGUCAGAUACUUUUGGAUGAUCCACAGGCAAUCACGUCCGCAUACACUCCGGAGGGUCUAUUUUCACUCCAAAUAUCCCGAGGCGUCGAAGUCGUCGAAUGCAACAGAGUCUGCAGAUGCUCCCCCCAAACGUGUCAAAACCGGGUGUCGCAGAAGCCGCGUGACGUCCCUAUAGAGAUUUUCAAGACAACGAAACGUGGAUGGGGCGCUCGACCAUUGAGAGACGUGAAACAGGGUCAGGUGUUGGGUGUUUACACUGGGCUCGUCAUGCGCAGAGAGGAUGCACGCGCCGUCAACGACUCUUCCUACUGCUUUGACCUCGAUGGAGACGAAGUAGAUGACGCAGCACCAAUACACGAGCUUUACACAGUAGAUUCGAGGGUUCAUGGUAACUGGACGCGAUUUAUCAAGCACUCUUGUGCUCCAAAUCUCGAAGUUUACCUUGUCGUUCAUGAUGUCCCGCCUGGUGCUGGUCUACCAUUCCUAGCAUUCGCCGCGACGGAAGACAUGCCCGCCAAGACCGAAUUCACAUUUGACUACGACCCUAAAACUGCACGACGGCUAGCCCUCGCUGACAUAGAGGCGCAGAUGGGGAAGAAAAAGAAGGGGCAGAGGAAGAGAUCGACCACUGUGGACAGCAUGCGCAGCGCUGCCACCGUGGGUUCGAACACAAAUAUACCUGACGGCGCGAUGCGAUGCUGCUGCGAGGCGCCCCAGUGUCGGAAGUACAUCCCAUAAG